AUGACUCCGCAAAUUGUUCAACCCACAGCAGCGGCUCCGGAGAUCAAGCCUCGCAAGCGUUUGCCGGAUGACAGGCUGGCUUGGUCCUUGCCACGUGAACAGAAGCUGGAUGUGUCGCCCACAGCUUGGUCGAACCUGCCAGACCCGUGGCGCCCGACUCAACCGAAGCCCCAGAGCCAGCCUGAGGUGAGGGAAGAGCCCGGGAGAGGACUUCAUAAUGGGCUAUCUUUAAGUCUUGAAGACGCACACUUCGCAACGAGCUACAUUCUUUCCAUUGGGCCCGAUUUACUGAUGAAACUGGGCAAGCACGCUCGUCCUAGUUUGCUGAUGCGGGCCUGCGUUUUUGAUGAGAAAGUGAUAAAAGGACUCGUCAAGGGACUCGUCAACUAUAACAACAACCUAGCAUUGUUCACCGAUCAGGCUUCUAUCAGCGCAGUAACGAUCAAAUGGAUAUCCAUGCUCAGGGAGGCGGACGCUAUGGGCGACAGAAAGAAGGGUCUGAUACACCUCAUGGGCAGCGUAGCACUCCUACUCGAUGACCAGGACAUGUUCAACAAGGUUCUGCGACACGUUUCCCCGAUUUGA